AGCCUUAUCCGGUGGGGCAGCGGUCCAGGGCUCGCGAAAAAAAUCGAAGCGAGGAGGAUCUGGUAACGGUACGCUCCGAGAAAUAUCACCAUCCCGAGUCGCUAUCGAAGGGCUCGGCAGGAAUUUACAGUUUCUUAACAAAGGUUAGAGGUCACAGUGCAGGGUUGCGGUUGUCGUCAUGGCAUCUGGAAGUACGAGCAGCGAGGAGGAGCGGAGCCUGAGGGAGUGCGAGCAGUACGUGCAGAAACACAACAUUCAACAGCUGCUGAAGGACUGCAUUGUCCAGCUGUGCACCUCCAGGCCGGACAGGCCCAUGGCCUUCCUCAGGGAGUACUUUGAGAGGCUGGAGAAGGAGGAGGCCAAGCAGAUUCAGAACCAGCAGAAGGCCAGCAGUUCCCGUUCAGACUCCCGUGAUGAGGAGGUGUCUCCACCCAUGAACCCUGUGGUAAAGGGCCGCCGGCGGAGAGGAGCCUUCAGCGCAGAGGUCUACACAGAGGAGGAUGCAGCCUCAUACGUCAGAAAGGUCAUUCCAAAAGACUACAAGACGAUGGCAGCCUUGGCCAAAGCUAUUGAAAAGAACGUUCUCUUCUCACACCUGGACGACAAUGAGAGGAGCGACAUAUUUGAUGCAAUGUUUCCAGUCACCUACAUUGCUGGGGAAACCGUCAUUCUGCAGGGUGACGAAGGUGACAACUUCUAUGUUAUUGACCAAGGGGAGAUGGACGUGUAUGUGAACAAUGAGUGGGUGACCAGCAUCGGGGAGGGAGGCAGCUUCGGAGAGCUGGCCCUCAUAUACGGCACCCCGAGGGCGGCCACAGUUAGAGCCAAGACCAACGUCAAGCUGUGGGGCAUCGACAGAGACAGCUACAGGAGAAUACUUAUGGGAAGCACUUUGAGAAAGAGGAAGAUGUACGAGGAAUUCCUCAGGAAAGUGUCCAUUUUAGAGUCUCUUGACAAAUGGGAGCGUCUGACAGUCGCUGAUGCCUUGGAGCCCGUCCAGUUUGAGGACGGACAGAAGAUUGUUGUGCAGGGAGAGCCUGGAGAUGAGUUCUUCAUCAUCUUGGAGGGUUCUGCAGCUGUGUUGCAGCGUCGCUCAGAGAACGAAGAGUUUGUGGAAGUGGGGAGGUUAGGACCCUCUGACUACUUUGGUGAGAUUGCUCUGCUGAUGAACCGUCCCCGCGCCGCCACCGUGGUCGCCCGCGGCCCCCUGAAGUGCGUCAAGCUCGACCGGCCUCGCUUCGAGCGCGUCCUGGGUCCCUGUUCAGACAUUCUCAAACGUAACAUCCAACAGUACAACAGCUUCGUCUCGCUGUCUGUCUGAAGGGGGGGGGGGGCCCUCUCUCCUCACCCCCACCCUCCUCCCUCCCUCCACCCUUUCCCUCUCUCCUCCUUUUAGACCCAGGGUCCACCAAUGCAAUUUGCUUUUUUUUGUCACUUUCUUCUUUCUGUUUCGCUUUUCUCCCUUUUUUUUGUGUUUUCCACACAGAGAUCAUUUUGUUGUUUCCACCCGUCACGCUGAGGUGACUUUCAGCCAUUCACCAGCGCUUGUACCAGCUGCUGUACGCUACCUUGUAGGCACAGUUACAUCACAUGUUACCUAUGUUAUAUACGUAUUUGCUGGUUACGCUUUCUUUUUAGACUUAAACACAAAGCAGGAUUGUUAGGAGAUCUGAAAGACAUGAGGGUCUCACACCCAUGAGACAGGACAAUCAAACUUUACAUGGCGCUUUUGGUGAAUUUGUUACAGAUUUAUGUUGUAGAUUGAAGUGAAGAGCGGACUUCUUCUUCUUCUUCUUCCCCGUUAAAGAGUUUUGACAUCAGCGAGCCUGAUUAGCGUAGAGCAGAAACUAGGAACUGUAGAAGGCAGGAAGAAUAUCAAUGCAUCAAAUUUUAUCAGACGUUUUUAAGGUUUCAGCUGUACGAUGGUUGUUGUUUUUGAUUGGCACGAUGAGACAAUGACGAGUCUGUUUAGCUUAGUACAACUUAAGGUUUUUAUUUUAUUGUGCAGCUACCAGGCUAGUGCCAAAUGUUGAUUCUUGUCACGACGCAAAGAUGCAUAGCCGUGGAAACGCAGUGCGUGUUCUGUUCCCUGACUAUCUGGAGCUCCAAACAGGAAGUAGUUAUUACCCUUAUUGUCCUCUUAAUCGGUAGAACGACCAUACAAGAACUGCCUUGACUACUCUGAGGAAAAAAUAAAUAAAUAAAAAAGAAAGGAAAAAAACAAGAGUAUUAAGUGUAUUUCAGUAUUCAAUUUUUUAGUAUAUACCAAAUAACUUGGGUCACUCUUCUGCUAUGGUUUGUAAUCAAAAUGUUAUCAUAGUAUAGUUAAAACGAUCAUAGUUAUAUUAUUAUCAUUGACUAAAUGAUAUGGUUUGGAGUGAUGGUGAUCUUAAAAAAAAUAUGUUUAACUGUCUUUUGUAAACACUUAUUUUUCCAUAAAUUCUAUUUUAGGUGUCCAGUGCCACAAAGUAAAUAAAUGCUUCUUCUUGUCAACCGACAAAACCAGUAUGUAAUCGUAUUGUGUAAAACGUCAUGGGUUAAAACUUUUUAAAAAUAGAUCAAAUGGGUAAUUCCAGGUUUAUUGAAGUGAAGUCUUGAAAAAAAAAAACAAGGAGGAGGGUUUAUGGAUUUCAGGACAUCUGAAGUAUUUAUGUAUGAAAGCAUCACAGGUGAGCUGACAGGCCGAGUGAGCAGAUAUUUAUUUAAAACUAGUGUCAUUGCUUAUUGCCUAUUGAAAAGGUGGCUGUCUUUUCAUCAGAGUAGCUUGUGAUCUGUUCUCUAUGCUUACUUGGCAUGAUGUUUUAGGCAUCCAGUGAUCCGGUAUGAAUGGAAGCGUGUAUUAAAAAAAACAACCCUGCAGCUGCGUGCAGAAGCAGGAACUUUGUCAAAUAUUUGGUUUGUUACUCCCUAGCUUAACUGCUUCAUUACUAUUUAGAUGGCAUAAAAUGUUUAAUUCUUUGAUUUUAUUAUUUUUUUAAAGAUCUUUACCAAAUCACACAAUGUUGACUUUUGGAUUAUAGGCUUAACUCUUCAUUCCUGCCUCACUUGUCUGUUACCAGAAAUGACAUAGAACCAGUUUCUGUUUUGUCUCAUUCGGAGCACUCGAAUGCGCUUUAGAAUUGAGAUGUGUGUUUGUACGUCCAAAAAAGAUUUGAUUUUGGUGCCGAUUGCAGGGUAGUCAGGUUGGUGAGGAUAGUUUUUGUUAAUGGACAUGAGUACUAUGUAUUUUUCUUUACAGUUAAAUUUAUCAUCUUCAUUCUGAUUCUUAUCCUGAUCCACAGGAAAUGACUCCGUUAGGGGGCGUGGGUUUGACUCACCUUUAUUGAAAUAUUGGUUUUGUGUAAAUAGCAGUAUCAUCGGUUUUAGUCCAAAAAUGUUUUUAGCCACACUGCAAUCGUCCCGGUUUGCCUUAGCUUACCUAACCUGGGCUUACAGUAGUAGUCAGUCACUCCUGCUAGCCCGACCUUCAGUGAGUUUGUUAGGCCUGCAGCGCAGAGAGCUGCAGGCGAUCAGAGGACCAUUCUUUUUCUAUUCUACCCUGUAUUCAGUUUGACCUCCUGUAUGUGCAAAGAUGUUUAUCCUUUUGGUAUAGAUUGUUCCAGAUGGCAGUUUAAGCAAUAAAAAAGUAAAAAUAA